AUGGUGUUUAACUUCUCUGCUUUGCAAAAAAUACCUGGUCGAGAGAAAAACAUAGACAGUUAUCGACGAAGAGGGAACGAGUGCGGUUGCAAAUCAGGUUUUUCUCGCGGAGAUUACAUACCGGAUAUGAAGCGUCUGGAAAGACGAGGUGCGAAAAUUAAGAAAAGCUUCCUGCUGCGAGAUCCAAAUCCAAACCACCAAUCAACACCGCCGCCGCCGCCACCGUCGCCGCCACCGCCUGCGGCUGACACGCGAUUACACUUCCCCUUUUCCCUCAGAAACUCGUCGACAAAGGAGCCUAAAGUAUGCGGAAGCGUGAGAAGCGGCGGCGAGGUUUGCUGCUCGGCCGACAUGGAAGUGAGACUGCAAGCGCGGGCACGCGACAAGUACGAGAAGGCCACCAAAGAAACUCUCCAGAGAAUGCACCAGGUCCUGUCCAUGCGAGGAAACAGGUUCCACAGUUUUUUCAAAGAUCUCUUGUUGGCCAGCAAACGAGGUUUUCACGAGAUGUUCAAGAAAACUUACGGCAUCCUCUACGAACAGAACGCGUACGUCUUCACGGACUUUUUCAAGGAGCUGGAGAAUUAUUACGCAAAGGGAACAGUAGAUCUCAACGAUGCCAUGGACAAUUUCUUCAACACUCUCUACCAAAAGAUGUUUACUGUGCUCAAUAGUCAGUACAACUUCGACAAUAAGUAUCUGGAAUGCGUAGGCGAACACAUGAAAGAGAUGCAGCCAUUCGGGGAUGUACCGCAGAAAUUGGGCGUGCAAAUUAAACGUUCCUUCGUUGCCACGAGGGCAUUCAGCCAAGCCUUAACUGUCGCCGCAAACGUGCUGAAAAGUAUGCAAUCGUUGAAGCCGUCGGCGGAUUGCACAGCUGCCUUGACCAGGAUGACAGCUUGUCCGGCCUGCAGCGGUAUAUCGGACAACGUGCUGGCGUGCAACGAUAUGUGUGCCAACGUGAUGAAGGGUUGCUUGGCGCAACACGCGGCACUCGACACCGACUGGAAUCAUUACGUCGAGGCCCUGGAUAAACUCGCCGAUCGGAUGCUCGGCCCAUUCAAUAUCGAAGUGCUGGUGCGUCCAAUCAACCUGAAGAUCUCGGAAGCGAUUAUGAAUUUCCAAGAGAGCAGCCAAGAUGUGUCGCAGCGGGUGUUCACCGGUUGCGGUCGGCCGACUCUGGGUAGACGUAGACGUAGAGAUAAUCGCGAGUUGGAACUGGAGUCCUUAAACUUCGACCAGGAAUCGUUGACGGAGGAUCGCGCCUCCACUGUGGCGCUGGACAAACUAGUGAAGGAGAUACGCCAGCGGAUGCGCGAUUUUCGACAAUUCUGGAUCUAUUUGCCUUACCGCAUGUGCAAUGAGGGUUUGGUUGUGCUGCCAAGUAACACGAAGGAAUGUUGGAACGGCACACACGUAGACAAAUAUAUAUAUCCGGUAUCGUCGAGUGGUGAGUUUCAAGCGAUGAAUCCGGAAGUACGCAGUACGGGAUCGAGGAGUACUAUCGUGAGGGAUCAAAUCUUCAUGCUGACCACCAUCACGAACAGGUUGAAAUUGGCAUUCAAUGGACAAGAUAUCGAUUGGAUCGAUACUGAUGAAUCGUGGUACGGUUCCGGCAGCGGUUCCGGAGAUGGUACAUACACCGACGACGAGGACGGUUUCAGGGAGGGAUCCGGCUACGAGGGACCACGUACAGAAUCGGAGCCUGAACCGCCGAAGCAGCCAUCGCCGCCGGUCGUCCACGAGGUCGAGACGCCACCGCGAGUCGAUAUCGAACCGCAUAAGGGCACGGGUGGUACGAGCGGUACGAGCACGAGUAACAACCAAACGAUGUCCGUGAGCGGCGGAGAAGAGAGCAGGCCGAAGAUGUCGUUGUUCAGGGCGCUGACGACGUACCUGAUGCCGAUAGUGGUGAUGUGGUUCGGCGGUUGCUUCAAUGACUUGCUGUGAUCGUGUGCAUUUUGCGACUCUGAGCGUAGCGUUGUGUAAAUAUUGCCCGAUUGCGAGCCGCGAUCUUGAUGGGAAAGAAACGAAUAAAGAAAGAGAGAGGAUUACUAGAUAGACUCUGAUCGCGUAUAUCGCGCAUCGAAUCAUUCUGCGAAUCUCUCGGGUUCCCGCGGGGAUGCUUUGAGAAAUCAGCGAGGACAUUUUCUGGAACGAAAUCCGUUUCAGGACUCGUUAAAUUGACUGUGUAAUUUAGCGAGUAUUGAAGUCGUGUUAAUUGAUCGACCCAGCGGGUACACACGAAUACUCGUGGCCAUAGCUUUUCGCUUAUCCAUAAAUAGGGUAAGAGCGAGGAGAACCGUAACGAGAGAUUCGUUAAACACGUUGCUAUUUGUGAAAUGAAAGGUGUCGUAGGCAUAAGACGAAAGUGCGGCUUUCACUAAACUGUUACGACAGUAGCUUUCGUCUCGCCAGAAAUGAGCUGCGAAAAAAGACAUUUGAACUUCGAUGUAUCGAAUGUUAUUUAGAACUAAGAAUGGCCGCCGAGCUAAACUUCGAUGAUCUGAAAGCGAUUUCCCUUCUCUUUCCACUUUGCUCUCUUGAAACGAUCAUGCAAGUGUGUAUUCCUUCAUCGCUCGUGGCACGUAUGAUCAUUUCGCAGGGAGAUUUUCUUUCGAAAUAUAUAAACGUUAUUCCACGAACUUGUAAACAGGCACAAACAGGCACUCGGAGAAAGAGUUUUAACGAGCACUGCAUACUACGAAUGUAAUAUUAUUGUAUAAUACGCUGUUAUGGAUCAUUGUUUAAGGAUCUUUCCGAAUUUUAGAUGUACCAUUAACGUUAUAUCAGACUCUUACUGCCAAUUGCCAAGAUUCGAGUUUCUGCAUAAAUAGAUAAUCGCCAGUGGUAGGAUAAAUGCAGUUAUUCCAGUUCCAGAUCAAGUCCUUCCGAAUUUUAGAUACGCGGUCGAGCUUAUUCUACCGCUCGCGAUUAAAAGACAGACAGACUUUAAACAGAUAAAUUAUUAAUAAUGUGCGCAGGUGCAUUAUCGAAAGAAUGGAAAGAUGACUUGUUCCAAUUAUAGAUCGAAUCUUUCCAAAUUUUAGAUGCACUCUCUCAUAAGAAUAUUACUGCCAACUCGAGGAUUUUCUAAAACUUUUUUGUUCUUUUUUAUCUAUUCUAUUUUUUUGUCUAUUUUAUUUGCAUAUCUGAAGUUAUAUCGUAAAGUUAUCCUAGUUCAUUUUUUUCCCUUACACGCAUCGUUUAAUAUAAGCGCUACAUAAGCAUCCAAAGAUGAAAUCAUCGAUCAAACGGCGUGAUUGUUGCAUUGAUUAAAAGAUAAUGUAAUUCGUACGUUGACAGUGCGUUGUUAGCAAAUGCAAAUCCAAAACGAUCGUGUGAAAAGAAAGAGAGAGAGAGAGAGAGAUAUGUUAAUUACAUACCCGAAAUACGUAAAAUGGAUCGAACGGAGUAUACGAGCAGAAGUGGGAUUGAGUAUUUAUUAAGUGUUCACUCUGAGCAAUCCGGGAUUUCGAUUAUGUGAACCCCGGAUGCGUGACCCGGAAAAAAGGCACGAACAAUCAGAAUCCUUGUCUUCGUGACGUUGCACUAUCACGAAUGGAUUUGUUGAUUAACCGCGGCCCCGUACAUAUGCCACGAGUUAAUUAAAAUCAAGAAUUUUAACAUGUAAUUGACUACGUAUUAUAUACGUUAAUCAUAUUUUACGCGUCAAACGCGAUCCAUUGAUGUUAUAUUAUUAUUUUUUGAUAGUCAUUAGAAGGAAUCACAAAGAGCGGCGACGACUCCGUAAGUCCGGACAAGGAUUUAACUUGGCUCACUUAUAUGCGAGAUUUAUUAACGAAUAUCAGUGUUCUUCAUCGCUCGGUUUCGCCGACAGCGAAUACGAUCCCUUUGGUGCAACACGUAACGUGAUACAAUCAAAUGGAAAUAGCAAUUAACGAGUAAUAAUGGCCUGAAAGGAUCUCGAGGGAGUUACGUUAUCGUGAAACCGAGCCGUAGCACUGUAACAUUAAUCUGCGAUAGAAUUAAUAGCAUGGAAGACGCGCGAAGAACGUUCGUUGCAACGUAAGGUGUAAAUAAGGGUAUAAGGCGAUAAGGAUAAGAGAGUGUGAUAAGAAUGUGACGCUUACACUUUCGGCAUUUAAAAUGAAACAUAUGCGUCAGAGACUUCAUACGAUGAAAUAGGGAAAAGAAAAAGUAUGGAAAAAUUGUCGAAAGUAUAAUUUACAAAAGGAACGAAAUCAAUUUUUUCAAUUACGAAGAAAUGGAACUCCGCGUUUAUCGAGCAUUAUGAGUUAUCGAACGAAAUAAUGGUACAAGUCAGUAGUGUAAUUAUGCUUAAACUUUAAAUUCUUUUUACUAAACUAUUUUUUAAUUUAGCAAAUGAUCGCCGAAAAUAUUACAUUAGAUUUAUUCAAAUAGGUUACAAUUAUUUUAUAUAAAUAUCAAAUUUGUAAUCUGUUUUUAUGUAUUAUAGAGAAUGGCGUAGAAAAGGUUUUGUGAUGAUGCAGCUGGAUUUCCUGUCAUAUUUAAUAUUUUAUGUCUCUUAGCACUUCUAGAGGGCCUCUUUCGUUCCGCAAAACUAUGACUUAUAUCAUUGUGCUGCCCAAUGGCUCGUGUUAUCCGCCACUUUGCCGUAUCGUUUGCGGAAGAAUUAUUAAUUUGGAGGCGAUAGUGUCGAAUUGAUGCGAGAGAACGGCGGUCGGAAGCGGAUUCCUGUGAUAAAAUCAAAUAGAUCGAGCAUUAUAUGACCGCUCUCCGCACAUUCGCGCUUUUAUGGCUCGCUGUCGAAGGGUGAGAUUGAUUUCACGCGAGCCCGCGAGGGACAUUAUUAAAGAAAAAAA